UAAUUACUACGGUGGAUCGUGGCAGUUGAACCUGGACAGACAGUGGACACCAGUCCAAAGAUCAUCUUCCCUGACCGGCCUUGACGCAUAACGGACCUCUUAUCGACAGCUUUUCCAUCGACUUCGUCUCAUUCCCGAAUCCCGAACACAUCUGUGCUCGUUCAAGCUUACGUAUUCAUUUGGACCCAGUCCUUCGACAACCCCGCCACGAGCACAUCCACUCGCGCCUGAACACACAGAACGCCGGUUUCCUCGAGCGUCAAGAGCCACGUCCAUUGAUCUAUAUACCCGUUUUUGCUGGGUUGGAGAAUAAACAUUGCCAUUUGAUUCUCUUAAGACGGGACUGACACAUGGUUCUCGUGAGGCAAACCUCCGAUUGAGCAGCAUAUUUACCGACUGGACAACUGCUUUGCAUUUCUCAUAUUCAUACACGAGGUGUUCGGUGUCCGCCUUCGUUCGAGGUGGAGGGAAAUAACUCAUAAUGCUCCCUGUUUCACGACCGGAUGGUCACAUGAACCUCAAUUAUAUCCCUACUACUCAACCAAUGUCUGGGACCAGUACGGGGCGUAGCUCUCCAAGUGACCUCACUGCGUCUUCUGUCAUCAAGUCGCCAUUUGGCUCAUCAAAUGUCCUGAAUGGUGCCGCAGGCUCGAUUGGUGGCGCGAGGCUAGGGGCUGGAUCCCCUUCUCAUGAACUUGGGGCUCGUUUAUACUCUAAACGUGCGCGAGAGAUCCAAGCAGAGGAAGGCGUUUCGCCCAGUAUCUGGGGACCCCCGACCAGCGGUCAUUCUACUCCUCUCCGUGAAAACAUCCCUGAGUCUCCAAGUCAAGAAGGGUUUCCGGACUUGGUGCCUACCUCCAGCGGCUCUAUCAACAGCCCUGCCCGGAGAGCAAGGGCUGGCACUGUUCCCUCGAGAUUUUCCCCUGUUGGUGCGCCGAACGAGGUGAACCUGCAACAACCGUACAUGCCCCAGACCUCCCGCCCUACGCCGUCAACUAGCCCUUUUCGUCCAUCCGGCGUUUCCGGUAUCGACACAAGCGCAAAGACUGCAACCACUGCUGGUGGAAGCAGCGCAGGUUCCCUCUCCCGCCUCCGAGCUGGUUCGAUGCCACAGAGAGCGAACUUCUUGGGAUCGUCUGGUCCAUUCGGACCGUCUUUGUUUUCUACCAGCUGGGCAACUGGGCGUGAUCGCGCCACGACACUGACAAGUAUUCGCUCUUCCGAAGGACCUGCUUCUCCCAGCCACUCCUCUUUCUCCAGAGAUGGACUUGCUGAUACCGAUGUGAAAACGCUGGACUACUUGGGCUUGGCGGAAACCCCGCAACAGGCACGAGCCACACUCGUGCGACCCUCCGUCGAUCUGCUCCUCCAACAGCAGCAGCAACAGCAGCAACAGCAACAGUCUACUUUGCCCCCUCUACUGGCGGAACUAGCUAUGAUGAAGAACAACAGCCGUAUUCGGUCUUAUUCCGUGAACGCGAAAGAGAAGUACGCAGAUGAUGAGGACUUGGAGUAUGAGAGUCGCUAUUCGCAACUUCCUUCCGGAACCGUUACGCCUUCUGCAGCUGCAACAGCUGCCCAAUUGGCUGCGACCCAGGCUCAAAUCCAUCAACACAACCUGGCUGUACAGGCAUUUGCCAGUCACGCAUCGGCCAGCCGGCCUCGUGCCAGGACCGCCGGGAUUCUGGAGGCCCCUCCCCAGCGCUCGUCAAUUCGUAAUUACCUGGCCACUCCAUCCCGACUUGAAAACAGCUUCAGCGCCGCUGACCUCAAUAUCGCGGAAGGUGGAGAAUACGAUGAGUUGUCAGAAGCUGUACAGCUGAUGCAUUUGGGUGGAAGCGGGACUAACAUGGGCAUGCGGCAAUCCGGAGAGAUGGCGGACGAGAACAAUCAGGAUGGCCCAACUCGUGCCUUGUGGAUUGGCAGCAUCCCCGUUUCUACCACUGUCACAUCUUUGGAGGCGAUCUUCAGCCUGUACGGCAAAAUCGAGUCUACCCGCGUGUUGACCCACAAGAACUGUGGCUUUGUCAACUUCGAGCGCAUCGAGAGUGCCAUCCAGGCCAAAUCGCUUCUCAACGGAAAGGAGAUUUUCCCCGGUGCGGGCCCUGUCCGCAUCGGAUAUGCCAAGGUACCUGGUACCUCUGCCACCGGCACGCCUGGCGUCAACGGAGCUCAGUCGUCUCCGACACCCGAUCUGAACAUGAAUGGGCCUGAUGGUAUUGUAAGGCCGGAGAGUGGAACCCAUGUUCCCCAGAUUCCCUCCCUUCCUGAGCUCCAGCCCGAGAUGGCGCAGAUUGUCACAGACUUCGGCGCUACUGAAGACGAUGGACACAAUAUCAGUGCUAGUAUCCAUCGAGCCAUUGCUUUCGAUGCUUUCGAAGACGAGAUCCCUCCGAUUUCUGAGCCCAGCCAGACUAGGAUGUUCGAUGCUCCGCGUCUCCGCGAUAUCCGGAAGAGGAUCGACAACGGAGCUUGCUCAGUCCAGGAGAUUGAGGAGACUGCAGCAGCAAUGCUUCCUGAAAUUGCGGAACUCUCGUCGGACUAUCUCGGAAACACCGUCGUCCAGAAGCUCUUCGAAUUCUGCUCGGAAUCCACGAAAGAGCAGAUGCUCAUCCCGAUUGCACCUCACCUUGCCGAAAUUGGCGUCCAUAAGAAUGGAACCUGGGCAGCACAGAAGAUCAUCGAUGUCGCCAAGACUCCGAACCAGAUGAACGCGAUCGUUGAUGCUCUCAGGCCAUACACGGUUCCGCUGUUCCUCGACCAGUAUGGAAACUAUGUUCUUCAAUGCUGUCUUCGUUUCGGUACUCCGUUCAAUGACUUCAUUUUCGAGACCAUGCUGAGUCGGAUGUGGGAGAUUGCCCAGGGCCGCUUCGGCGCCCGGGCCAUGCGAGCCUGCCUUGAGAGCCACCAUGCCUCGAAGGAUCAGCAGCGCAUGCUUGCCGCAGCCAUUGCUCUUCACAGCGUACAACUCGCAACCAAUGCUAACGGGGCUUUGCUACUGACUUGGUUCUUGGAUACGUGCACUUUCCCCCGGCGCCGUACUGUGCUUGCACCGCGGCUGGUUCCUCACCUUGUGCAUCUUUGCACCCACAAGGUUGCCUACCUUACCGUCCUGAAGGUGAUCAACCAGCGUAACGAACCGGACGCCCGUGAGAUUGUGUUGAAGGCUCUGUUCUUCAGCCCAGGUGAUGAGGUCCUGGAGAAGAUUCUGAGCGACCAGACAUCAGGAGCGACGCUGAUCUUCAAGGUUCUCACCACACCAUUCUUUGACGAAUCGAUGCGCGCAGAAGUUGUGAAGAAUGUAUCCAAGGUCCUCACCAAACUUAAGGCGACUCCCAGUCAAGGGUACAAGCGCUUGAUGGACGAAGUUGGCUUGUCUUCUCGGGGAGGCGCUCGUGAUAAUCACCACGGGCGUGAUCACGCUGGCGCGGAAAAACAACAGCAUCGUCCUACUUCACGGCAGGCAGCAUCGAACUACGGUGCUCAGCCUUCCAUGGAAAGACAAUAUGGCGCACAGUUCCCGACCAUGCUUGGCCAAAGUCUGGACGCUCCCAGACCCGUUGCUCCUGAACAGCAGCCAAACGCUUCUCCAUUUGACCCUUACAGCAUCAAUGGAAUGAACGGCCUUGGUUCUGCCAGUGGUAUCAACCCUCUAAAUGGAGUUGGCGGAGUCGGAGUCAAUGGUACGGGCUUCGGCCAGGAUCCCUUACUACCUCUGACCCAGCAGCAAAUCCAGUAUCAAGCUUAUUUAGCGGCUCAAUCACGAGGUCUUUCGCCGUCAGGCCUAUAUCCGAGCCUGGGAAACUCCGGAUUUGGGUACCCGGCUGGAACGCCUGCGGCGGAUAAUCUUCGGUCCCUGCAGACCCCAGCUGCUCCUUUGGGCGGAGGUCCUGGCCAGAUCAACCCCGGCUCUAUGAUGAACCAGCCUGCCUAUGCUCCUCAGCAAUUCAGCCCUGUCAUGAGCUCCGCUCAGAUGUAUCAAUAUCCUUCCCAGUUCUAUUCCCAAGCACAGCCCGCUCAGACACAGCCUGCUGGGGGACGACGUGGACGUGUGAGUCAUCCCCAGCACAUGUGAGAGCAUGCAGCUUGCCUGCGUGAACGAGGCUAAUGCGGGUUGACCUCCAGCAUUGAGGCUCUCUUAUAACUGUUUAAUUCGCCAUUGACUUCAACCUGAUGUAUAAAGUUUUGUCCUUACCCUUUUUUCGAUUUCCGGGAUACAGAGAGUAGUAUGGCUAUAUGCACG